AAGCGAUUCUUGCCGCGUGCAUGGAAACCCAUCUGGACUGAGGGGGAAAAAAACUUGUGCUGCGCGCGCGGGCUUUGUGGAUUUACGUGCUCAGAUCUUUUGAAGGAAAAAAAUUACUGACUGAAACAAUUCCGAACUCGCCCGCGACAUGGAGCCCACUGUGGAAUACCCCGACAGCUAUGACUACUAUGAUGACAACGAGACGGCGUGCGACUUCUCCGAGUGGGAGCCGUCCUACUCGCUCAUCCCGGUGCUGUACAUGCUCAUAUUCAUCCUCGGGCUCUCGGGCAACGGCUUGGUGAUCUUCACCGUGUGGCGAGCCAAAGCUAAGCGUCGCGCGGCCGACGUGUACAUCUGCAACUUGGCUCUCGCGGACCUGACGUUCGUGAUCACGCUCCCGCUGUGGGCAGUUUACACGGCGCUGGGCUACCACUGGCCGUUCGGCGUGGCCCUGUGCAAGAUCAGCAGCUACGUGGUGCUGGUCAACAUGUACGCCAGCGUGUUCUGCCUGACCUGCCUGAGCUUUGACGUUACCUCCGCGGUCGUGCACUCGCUGUCCAGCGGGCACCUGCGCUCUCGGGACACCAUCGUGGCGUCGCUGGGCGGCAUCUGGCUGCUGUCUGGCAUGCUGGCACUGCCCACGUUGCUGUUCCGUACCACGCUGGACGACGAAGCGAGCAACCGGACCACCUGCGCCAUGGACUUCAGCCUGGUGGCGCCCAACCAGCGGCACGAGUCCCUGUGGAUCGCCGGGCUCAGCCUGUCGUCCUCCGCGCUGGGCUUCCUGCUGCCCUUCCUGGCCAUGACGGUGUUCUACGUCUUCAUCGGCUGCACGGUGACGCGGCACUUCAGCCAGCUGCGCAAGGAGGACCAGAAGAAGCGGCGCCUGCUCAAGAUCAUCACCACGCUGGUCGUGGUGUUCGCGCUCUGCUGGACGCCCUUCCACGUGCUGAAGAGCAUGGACGCUCUGUCCUACCUGGACCUGGCCCCAACGUCCUGCUCCUUCCUCCACUUCCUGCUGCUGGCGCACCCCUACGCCACCUGCCUGGCCUACGUCAACAGCUGCCUCAACCCCUUCCUCUACGCCUUCUUCGACCUGCGCUUCCGCUCCCAGUGCCUCUGCCUGCUCAGCCUCAAGAAGGCCGUGCACGGACACAUGAGCUCCGUCAGCUCCACCCUCAGCGCACAGACACAGAAGCUGGUGCAGUGGCUGCAUGCAAAGGUGUGA